AAAAAGUGAGCUGGCUUUUCUGGCUGCACGUCACUGAGUGAGAAGAGGAGGGCGUGUCCCUCCCUCCCUCCUCCCUCCCUCUCCCUCUCUCUCCUCCUCCCUCUCAGCUGUAGAUCGAUGUGACUGUAUGUUUGUACCUGAGGACUGAACCGUUCACCUGUGGAUCCUCUCCCGGCAGCAGCAGCAGCACCAUGGGGAACUCCGCGUCCAGUCUGCUGGAUGAAACCAAAUCCAACUCCAUCAAAGCCCAGGCCGAGGCCGUGCUGAAGGAGUUCAGUCCCUACUACAGGAAGCAGUUCUCGUUGGCUCGGUUCUCUCAGGUGGAAGAUGAUCUGGAGCAGCGCAAAGAGAAGAUCACACAGCUGCUCCAACAGAGGGAGGCUCCCGAGGAGGCCGAGGUGCUGUAUGAGGACCUCGUCCUGCACUUCGACGACAGCAGGAAGUGGCGUGAGCGCUUCGUGGUGGUGAGAGCCAAUCACAGCCUGGAGUUACACGACAGCCUGGAGGCGUUCGUUAAAGGAAGUCAUCCCCGCCUGAAGCUGCUGCCUACGGGGGGCGCCGUUCUGACCUCCGAGGACGCCUACAUGGCCAUGGUGGACCAGAGCUUCCCCGACGACACCAAUGUGAAGGAGGACUUUGGUCCUCCUCUGGCGGGCAUGCCGGGACAGUUCCCCGUCUACCUGCGUCUGCCCUACCGGACAGACUCGUACUUCUGCUUCAGACAGCAGGACCGACAAGCCCUCUUCCUCUCCAUCCUGUCGGACUGCAUCCGACACCAGAACCAAGACUUCCUGAAGAAGAAGACGUGUGAAGUGCAGGCCUUCCUCAAAGCCAUCCAGCUCUACCGACAGGACAGAGACCAGUACGAGGCCUGGGGCAUGCUGAUAGGAAGUGAUGUCAGGGUGAUGGCCAACGAGGUGAUGGAGCAGCUGCUGCCGUCUCUUGUGGUCGACCUGCUGCCUCGCCUCAAAGCCAAGAAGACGGAGAAGAGGAGAGUCUGGUUCGCUACGGUGGAGGCGGCGUACGUCCUGGUCCAGGAGCAUCUGCUGGAGGGACUCUCGGCGCUGAAGGAGGAAUGUCGAACGUCGGUCCGGCAGCAGGAGGUGCUCAUCCACUCCGAAAUGGACCACAUCCUCAGCUCCAGACGGCAGCUGGAGGAAAAAGUCCGAGCCAAAGUGUGGGCGCCGGCGGAGCAGCUGUGCUCGGAGCGCGUGCAGCCCUACCUGGCCUCGGUGCUGGAGGAGCUGAUGGAGCCGGUCAGCUCGGGUUUCCAGGAGGGACGGCAGCUGAGCGAACGCACGAUGGACCGGCUGUGUCAGGACGUCCCGCUGCUGGCCGACAGCGAGGGACUGAAGGAGGCUCUCGCUGGCAUGGCGAGACCAGACCUGCUGAGCUGCUACCAGAAGAUCGGCUCUCUGCAGGAGAAACUGCAGCAGCUGCAGCAGAGGUUCGGGGUCUCCAACAUCACGGGGGUGAUCCACAGCGCUCAGAUCGACCUGCAGCAGCUGGCCGAGAACGCAGCGUACACGUUUGAGCAGCUGCUCCACAAAGCCGUCGAGGACAACCCGGACGACCCCGGCUCCGCCAUCGAGAAGGCCAAACACAGAGUGCUGAAGCAAUAUGAUUACGACAGCAGCACGGUGAGGAAGAGGAUCUCCAGGGAGGCUCUUGUACUCAUCACUCUGCCCUUCAUCAAGAAGAACCUGGCCCCCACCUGCAAAACUGAGCUUCAGGGUCUUGAACAGUUCAUCGAUGCCGACCACUCCAACUUCAUCCACGUCGAGAACGUUUAUGAGAGCGUCCUCCUGCAAUCCCUGGACAGAGAGGUCACCAAAGUGGUGAAGGAGGCGGCGAGCCUGAAGAAGUACAACCUGUUCACGGACAGCAGGGACCUGCUCAGUCAGUCCAGCCGCUCCAGCGUCUCGUCCACGCCGGGCAGCCCCGCCAUGGCGCUCGCCUCCCCCUCUAAAACCUCCUCUGAGUCCAGGUCUCCUCUCGCGUUCAACGGUCAUCCGUCCAGUCCCCCGAAGGACGAGCCGACGGGGGCGGAGAACGGUGACGAGACCGUCUUUGAGACCCCUCUGCAGAAGGUCGAACAAAUAUUGGUAGCUCAGAGCGCUGCUGUCAGCGCGGAGGCAGAGGCAACGCCACCCGAAGCGCCAGAAGUCGACCAAACUGUGAAGGCAGAAGCAGCCGCCCCUGUUGCACUCGAGCCGCCGGCGUUUGGAGAUUCGACCAACCAGAGCGAGACGCAGGAAGUGAACGUAGAAACCGCUGCAGAGACUGUGAUCCAAGAGGAAGCGAUCUCUGUCGAGACGGCAGCUGAGCCUCCGAUGCAGAGCACAGACCCUCCAAAAGAGGGAGAAACCACAGAAACGGCCGCAGACGUAGAAGCGGCAGCGGCACAGACCGAAGCGCCCGUGCCAAGUCCCGACGCCGCGAAGGAACCGGGGAGCUCUUCAGCAGGAGGCACUGGGGCCCAAACUGCAUCCAGCGGUGAAGAGGAGACGCACCGCGAGCGCUCAGAAAUCAAGCCAGCGGCUCCCUCUGGUGGUCAAACGCCCGCGCUCCCACCUGCAGACAUCAGCGUAGACCGGAGUCUCCAGGAGGCAGAACCAGUGAACGUCUCGGGCCCAAGCUCUCUGGACGUGUCCGUAGGAAGCGAGUCGGCCCCGUCGGAUGUGGAGUCCCUGGAGGGAGUGGAAACGACGCAGAGCAGCGAGGAGGACAAAGUCUCAACGACUUCUGACGUCUUGGAGGACGCCGCCGACAUCAGUAAAUCACCGGAGAGCUCCGACGAUGCAGCAGAGGAUGAGAACGCGAGCGCCGAGCCGUCUCCUCCGGUCCAGACAGAAACUGUGAGCACCGGGGACACUGAGGCGAGCGCCGAGCUGUCUCCUCGGGUCCAGACCGAAGCCACAAGCGCCGAGCCGUCUCCUCCGGUCCAGACCGAAGCCGCGAGCGCCGAGCCGUCUCCUCUGGUCCAGACCGAAGCCGCGAGCGCCGGAGACACCGAGGCGAGCGCCGAGCCGUCUGUGGAGGCAGCAGCCGCUCCAACCGCUGCGCCCGCUGAGUACGUGAACCCGUCCCGCCCUGAAGCGCCGCCCGACUGCAUCAAGCAGAUCCGUGACCUGGUGAUGGAGGUGAUCGAGGUGGAGGAGCUGGUGCAGCGCUACCCCGACGGCGUUCCUAAAGCCUCGGAGGAAUGAAGCAUCACGAACCAUCACGAGCGCUUCGUCGCUGUUCGUUUCAGCGAGACGAAGAGCGGCCGGGAGCCACGAGCCGUCCUGGAGCCAGAAACAUUUGUUGAACCGAAGGCACUCCGUCCUGAGAAGGAUUCACAAAAGCUUCCAUGAACUUUAAAAACAAACAUAUGCAUGAUAACUAUGGUGAAUUAUUUAUGCUUUCAUUUACACACAUCAAUAUAUCAGCAGUGUCGGUGUCAUUCAGUGAUUUGUUUUUAACACUAAAACUAUUUCAGCACCAAAAUGUUUUUACAAAAGAUUGUGAAGAAGUUUCUGGAAAUUUGCAUUUAACAGUAGAAAGCUUGUGCAUUUUAUUUUUGAAGGAAUAGUUUUUAGACAUUUUUGAAAAUACUUUUAAUUUGCUUUCUUUCUGAGAGUAGGAUGUAAGGAUUGGUAUCAGUCUGUAUGGGAGCUGGAGUCAGGACGUUCUUAGCUUAGCUUAGCAUAAAGCCUGGAGUCAGGACAUGCUUAGCUUAGCUUAGCAUAAAGCCUGGAGUCAGGACAUGCUUAGCUUAGCUUAGCAUAAAGCCUGGAGUCAGGACAUGCUUAGCUUAGCUUAGCAUAAAGCCUGGAGUCAGGACAUGCUUAGCUUAGCUUAGCAUAAAGCCUGGAGUCAGGACAUGCUCUGUCCAAAGUAAAAUACACCUACUGACACCUCAAAAACGUGUCGUAAACAUUAAUUAGAACAGAAAUGUAAAAAUGCAGAGUUUUAAAAGAGAGCAUCCUGUUGGAACUAUUUUCUCGGCUAAACCGCAGAUACGCAGAUACAACACAAAUAAAAGUCCUGAGUUAGACAUUUUACUUUAGUAAAAGUAUUACCAGCUUAAAAGGAUCAACAGUAAAAGUAAUCAUUCUGCAAUAUUGCUCUUCUUUUCAGUGUGACGGUGUGAGACAGUAUAUUGCAAUGCAUCAUAUUUUAUAAACCGAUCACAUGUUUAACAAGCAAAAUCCAAAUCUGAAAGGUAACAACUAUAGCUGUCAGAUGAACAUAGUGGAGUAAAAACAUUUCCCUUUUGAGAUGGGAAGUAGAAGUAUGAAGUUGCAGGAAAUGGAAAUACUUGUAAAUUACAAGUAGAUCAAAAUCGUCAAGAAAAUAGUUCCAGCACGCAACUCCCGCUAAAACCCACAAACUGGCGUUUUUACUUUUCCGUUUGUGUACGAAUUAAACAAACCUGACCCAACGUGUUAGUUAGGGAGACGUAGAGCUGUUGGUAGGUGUACUUUAAUUAAAAUGCCUGUUGUCCUCGGGUCAAAUCUGACCUGUUUACAAAAACUUUCUAUAACAGAAGUGUGACAAAAGAAUGUUGAAAUAAAGUGACAAAUGUUGGAAAAAGCUACAAAAA